AUGGCGAGAGGCGGCAGGGAGAACAGGAGAGAAGACAGUAAACGUCACAAAGGAUACGACCAAGUGAAGCGGGGCAAGAAGGGACAGAGGAGUUAUCGAUGUAUAUUGAUCAAGAACCAGUGUUUUAGCGCUAGGGUGGAUAUUGGAUAUGCCGAAGAUGCGCUUUCUUCUGCCUAUUAUACCUCUACUUCAUUCUCUAAGUGUCUUUGCGCUGGAUAUCGCAGGGGAUCGCUCGAGUACAAGGUUGGAUUUUGGGGAUACAAUGGAGAUUUUCAGAGAUCUUCUGUGAAUGACAAGUGGGACGUCGUCCUUGUCUCCGACAAGUUGAAGAUCGGCCUGCUCGAUGUUCUGCCUCCUCUGGCAUUCCUGCACCAAGUUCAGAUUAACCUGACUGAGAGCUCUGGUUGGCUUCUAGAGAGCUCAAAGAGAGCUCCGACGAAGCAAGAAUUCAAGAAUGUGCUUUCCAAGUUGUCCGGGAUUUGGAUACGUGGAGGAUAUUAUGCAGGAGGAGAAGAGCUUAAGGGCAGUGAGGGAGUACUUGGCUUCGACUCAAAAACGUUGUAUUUCUUGAGCAAGAAUACAAUGCAACCACGAAGCGUUCCCUUCAGUGACAUCACAAGCGUGGAUGUCGGAAGUGACGAUAUCGUACAAAUCUAUGGACCAAACCACAGGGUUGUGAUGACCGCUGGGAGAUUCACUUCCUAUAAUGUCAGUCAGCUUGCAAAAUUCUUCGAGACAGUGAGGAAGAAGACCGACGAGGUCAAGAAGGGGUCAGAUCGCGCAAACGAUCGAGGAAAAGAUAGUCCAAAGUACGACGGUAGAGGAAGUAAGCAGGAAUCAUCCACCAAAAAUGUCGAAGGCCAGGAACAGAAGAGAAGACAGACGGCCCCUGACGAACAAGGACAAACGUUUCAAGAGAAACAAGAACGGGAGACGGAAAAGAAGCGACCAAAGAAGCAGGCGCAAUACGAAGAAGAGCAUGAAGAUAUCGCAACAGAAACUCCCAAACAUGAGAGAACAUCAAAAAUACACAAACACACUGAAAACUUGCCAAGAGAUAAUUUCGAUGAUGCAAAUAUCAAGAGCUUGCAAUACCAGUUUCUGUCUGGAACUGAACGAAAGCGAGUUCUCAAGAUGGAGAAGGAGUUGGACAUUAAUUCUCGAGCGAUCUACAAGCGUCUCGAAGGCGGAGGAGGAUUGCUUCUUCUCACGUCCGAUGCGCUCAUUAUCAUCCCAGCAGAUCCAGAUGGCAAGAAGAAGAACAAGAAGACAUCGUUGCACAAGAUCACACUUGACAAUCUGAUCAGUGUAGAACGAGAGGGAAGCUUUGUUGAGAUCUAUGACAAGCGAAAGAAUGAUCCCAUUCGGGUCAACAUCAAACAUUUUCCCUUUCAGGAACUCAUGGAUCUCUUGGACGACAUUGCUAAGAUCAUGAGGCUAGUAUGA